AUGGUGCGGCGAUCGACGGGCGUGAUGCUGGUGAUGGACCCAUGGACGGCUAAGAUCUUGCACGUGAGCGAGGGGGGAAUCACGGCGCUUGGAUACAGCAAGGCGGAGCUGAGGGAGCGAACGAUCUGCGACCUGGCGGAUGGGCUCACGCUCGUGGAAUGGUCUAAGGCCAUUGGCGGACUCGCCAGUCAGGAGGCGAGAAGAGUGGUGCUUAGGUUCCGUCUGUGCAAGACAACGGACCGCAAGGCUGCUUUGUUAGGGCAGAAGGUAGACCUGGAGUUGCAGCUGCAUGGCGCAGGCGAGAACAAAGACCUUGUGGGUACCAUGACGCUCGCUAACCCGGACCUUACUUCUUCCCGGCACGCUGGCAGCAGCAGUAGUUCCUCCCACCACCACCAGCACAAGGAGAAAGGGGCUUCCGGUGGUGCAGGGAAGGAGGGUUCCGCUGCCGCCGCUGCUGCUGCUGGUGCCUCAGGUGCAGCUGCGGCUGGUGCCGCGGCUGGCAGUGCCGCUGGGGGAAAAGAGGGAGGAGCGAAAGGGGCGACGAGUGGCGAUGCUGGUGCAUCUGGUGGUGCAUCUGCUGCUGGUGGGACAGGCUUAGCAGGCAAGGCCAGACGACCGGGGGGUGAUAGGCCCGGCAGCGCCACAGUCAAUAGGAGUGGGAGUGUUAGCGGUGGUGGUGGUGCUGCUGCUGCUGCUGCGUCGCCGUCCCAGCAGAGGAGAGAGAGAGUGCCAGGGAGGGAUAAACCGGAUGGAGCUGCGAGCAGGGCUGCUGCUGAUGGUAGUGGCAGCAGUGGGUCUAGCAGCACCGCUGCAGCUGCGACGACAGCUGGGGCAGCUUCUGGAGUAGGGGAUGGCAAAGAGAAAGAGAAAGAUGCGGCGAGAGUGAACAGGGAUAAGGAGAGGCGAGUGAAGGAGAAGGAGGAGAAAGGGAGGAGUGCGGGAAGUAGGGACAAGGAGCGGAAGGCAACGGAGGGGGAGGGGAAAGGGGAGGACGGCGGGGAGAGUACUGCAUCUGAAAGUAGGGAAGGCGAGGCAGCGAGCAGCGGCAAACGCUCUAGCAGCAGCACCACAGGUGGAGUUGCAGGGAGUGGGGGGGGGGCUGGGGGGGCGGGGACAGCUGCAGCCGGUGCUAGCAGUGUGAGUGGCGUGAAGAAAGCACCAGUUGUGCGGAUACCUUCUGGGGAUAAUAGCAAGGGGAGUGAGGUGGGUACGCCUACGAAGCGGCGCAGCAGCAGCAAGAGAGCGUCAGAGCUCAGUGCUGCUGGUGCUGAAGGUGCGGUGAGCAGUCCUAGAACCCCCACUGGCUCCCGCUCCCGCUUCUCCUCCUCUUCCUCUGUCCCUUCCGCAAGUGCUGCUGGGAGCGCCGGGGCGCGGGAAGCAGGCGCAGGCGCGGAAGGGGACGCGGGGGUGAAAAAGCCUGGCAGACUGGCGAACGCUGGAGGGCCUGGGGCGCGGGGAAUGGGGAGAGCGGAGAGCACUGGUGGUGCUGGGGCGAAAGGGGCGCAGAAAAAAGGAUCAGGCGGAGGGGAAGAGAUGGGAGGAGGGGAGGGGGUUGAAGGGAUGGAAGGGACAGGGGAAGGAGAGAUGGGGAUGGGGGAGGAGGAGGAUUUGAUGGAUGACAUGUAUAGCCCAGUGCACGGUGAACAAGGCAUGGGUAUGGGGCAGAUGAUGGGAGGUGAAGAGGAGGAUCAUGAGGACGAUGAGGACUUGUAUGGUGGCGGAGGGGGGAGGGAGGAGGAGGAAGAGGAGGGGUUAGGGUUAGAGGAGGAUGACGGUGGAAUAGACUUGUACAGCCCUGCUUCACGCGCCUCCCGUGCUUCUCGCAGUGGAGGGGCAGGUGCAAGGAGGAAGGCGGAUGCUGCUACCAUGGCUGCUGUGACGGAAUCCGUUCUUGCUCUCAACAGGGCGCUGAUGGAUGCAGCAGGGUUGGGUACGGUGACGCUGGUGGCGGCAACACGGACUGUGGCAGUGAGCAACGAGGGCAUGGCGGCAAUGCUGGGGCGCGCCAGGGCGGACGUGGACGGGCAGUGCUUUGCGGAUCUUGUGCUUGAAGCUGACCGACCCAAGUUCGAGGCGUGGUUGGAUCGAGUGUGCAAGAAGGCUGAGGACCAAGCUUCCGACUCGACUCCUGCUGACUCUACAGAAGCAGGCAAAGCAGGGACGCCGGUGCCUGAUGGUCAAGUGGACAACGCAAUGGAAAUGCUUGGCGCUGCUGCUGCCCCUGCUGCUGCUGAUGGUGCUGCUAGCAAGGACGGUGGAGCUGUGCUGGCAGGGGAAGGGGCAGACACAGCAGCUGGAGGAACAGCAGGACCAGAGGCAGCAGCAACAGCAGCAGACGGGGAAGGAAAGGAGGGAGGAAUUGCAGGAACAGGGGCAGCAGCAGCAGCAGCAGCGGCGGCGGCGGCAGAGCCAGCAGUGGGGCAGGGGAGGGACUGUUUAGAGGUGCGGAUGCAGCACAAGUUGGGAGGGUCUGUGCGUGUGCGUAUGACUGCUGCUCUGCCACCGCCACCAGCAGCAGCUCCUGACACACAAGCUGCUGCCCACCAAGACAGUCACAACGACACACCUGAUGCUUCUACCUCUGCUGCCGCUGCUGCUGGCGCCGCUGGUGUUGAUGCUACUGCUGGUGCUGGUGCUGGUGUUGGUGUGAGUGGUGCUGGGAAGGGCGGGAGCGGUGGAGGGGGGGUAUUGCCGGAAGUGGUGGCGCUGCUGGUGCAUGACAUCACGGGGUGCUGCCGACAUGGCGAGGAGAUGAAGGAGGCCAAGAAGGCUGUGCAGGAGGCUGGAGUGGAAGGCAACAAGGAGUUUGCUCGCAUCGUGUGCCGCGAGGUCGGCACUGCUAUCAAUGGCGUGGUGGGAAUAGCGGAUCUGCUACUGGACACGGACCUAGCAGGCGAGCAGCGCAUAUUCAUGGAGCUCAUUCUCGCCACCUCCUCCAACCUACACACCGUGCUCUCCAACCUCCUCCUCUCCGCCGCCACCCACCCGCCCCUGCCUGCCGCUGGAGGAUUCUCCAAGCCCUCGCUGCACCUCGCUACACAAGACGUAGACCUUCACCGCCAGGUGCGGGAGUGUGUGCGGCUGGUGGACGUGGUGGCAAAGGAGAAGGGACUGGCGCUCAUGUGCGGGAUAGACUCAGCGGUGCCACGCAUGGUGGUCACCGACGCAGUGCGUCUCAGACAAGUGCUCAUGAACCUGCUCUUCAACGCCCUCCACAACACCACCCGGGGUGACAUCACAGUGAGUCUGCGACUGGCGUCGCGGUACGAGAGGGAGCAGGUGCAGGAGCGGCGCAGGGAGCACAAGGCGCAGCAGCGCACUCUCCUCGGCCCCGCUGCUGCCUCCGCUGCCGCUGACGAUGACGACGACGACGAGGAUGCGGGGGACAGUGCGGGCGCGCUGCUGCUGCGCUUUGAAGUGCGGGACUCGGGGUCGGGCAUGCUGCCUGCUAUCAGAGACGAGCUCACUGCCAUGUUUGCCUCUACCCUCCCAGCGGAGUCAGUGAACGGAGUGAGGGGCACGGGCCUGGUACUCGUGAAGAAUCUCCUGGACAUGUUUGGCGGCUUCCUGCGCUUUGACAGCGACGAGCACCGCGGGUCGUCCAUGGUCUUCUUUGUGCGCGUAGCCAUUCCCGAGGUCAUGCUCACGCCCGCCCAGCUCAGCCCUCACCAGCCCCCGGACAUGGCGCUCUGGCGCAGACUGGCAGACAUCCGCGUGCUACUCGUCGACGAGGACAAGAUGAGUGAGAUGAUAGCAUCAAGUGUGUUCCGGCACCUGGGUCUGCCCAUGGACACAGCCCACACUGCCAUGGACGCCGCAUCACUCUUCCACAAGUACAAAUACGACCUCAUCCUUAUUUGCUUCACCUCAAGAGCCACUCCUCCUUUCCAUCACCCUCACAUCUCUUGCAAUCUGACUCUCUCCCCCACCGCCCCCUCCAACCCUCCAGGACUGCAACCUGUCGGGUGUGGAUGGGACUGCAACCUGUCGGGGGUGGAUGGGUUUGACAUGGCGAGGCUGCUGAGGGCGCAGGAGAAGGAGGGUGUGGGGCGGGCGGGCGUGUACGAGCGCAGCUGCAUGGUAGCGCUCACACCCGGGCUCACCACGAGCAGGGAGGAGGAGCAGCGGUGCAAGCGUGCCGGCAUGGACUACUUCAUCCCCAAACCCGUGCGCCUCAAGGACCUGCAGAUGGUCGUCAGGGAACGCCUGGACAAGCUGGAUACAGGUUCGAGGUCCUCGUUCUCCGGGCCCUGCACGCUCGUGCAGUUCCGCUCUGUGGACGACGACGAGGACGAUGAUGAGCACAGGGACGAGCACCAGGAGGAGGAGGACGAGGGGCGUGGCCGCAAGUCAAAGGCCAACCGUCGCAAGCGCGCGCAGCGCAGGCGCUCCCGCAGCAGCCGUUCAAGCCACACCGAGGAUGAGGAUGAGGGGGAUGAGACAGAGAGCGAUCACCCUGGGGACAGCACCACACCGUCUCUCACACCUGAGGCCACCACGCCCGUGUCAGCUGCCAUGGCUGCCGCCAUGGAACUCCAACUCCCCCCCGAGGAAGCCCAUGCGCUGGUGGCAGCUGCUGUUGCUGCCUCCUCCUCCUCUUCCUCGGGGUUCUCCGGCCUUCCUCCCAACCCGCUCUGGUCCACAGGGAGCCUUCGCACCACAGGUAGCCUGAGGCCGCAGCCAGGGUCCAGGGACAUGCGGUCUGCUCUGGGUCGAGGGAAGGAGGGCGGGUCGGGCAUGCUGCGGAGAGGGCGGGAGGGAGGAUCGGGGUCCCUGGCGUUUUCUGCAGCAUGGGGUGGUGGAUCUGGCGGCUCUGGGUCGUCUCCUAGGAGGGUUGGCAGUGGCGGGAGAGGAGGAGAAGGGUUGGUGGGCACGGGGAGUGGGCGAAGAGAGGAUAUUUACAGUCUGAUUAUGUCUCAGAAGGUCAGUCAGGAUGAGGAGAAGGUGCAGCGGCGAGGGUCAGGGCUGCAGAGAGGGGGCAGUGGCAGCAGGAGCGAUAGCGGCGGGAGUGGGAGCGUGGGUCGCAGUGGGAGUGGGAGGAGGAGCAGUAGACUGGUGGUUGAAGUGACGGACCCAAACAGACUCACUGGGAGGCGGUCGGAACUCAAAGCCUUUCUGGAUGGUGCUGAAGACGAUGGAGUGAAGGGUAUCGGCAAGAGGAGCUCCGAUGUUAGUGGGCUGAGGGCGCUGGGGAAGAGGGAGAGCGCACAAUGGAAGGACGGGCGGGACGUGAAGGAACGCGAGGGGAGUAAGAGCUUUGGAAGGCAGAAGGUGGAAGUGGAGGAAGAGGAUGAGGAUCGGGAUGAGGAUGCGGCAGAGGGUGGUGUGACGGGUGGGGAGGAUGAUGAUAUUAGGGAUGAGCCGAGGGAAGCAGGCAAGGGGCAUGUGAAGCAGAAGUCGUCCAUGACUGGGCUGACCAUGGACCAGAUCUGGGCUCGCAUGAUGAACAAACCUGCAGCCAUUGCGGAAGGGGGCAAGGGGGAUGAGGACGAGGAGAGAGGGAGUUUGUCUGGUUCGGACCGGAGCAGGGGGGGUAGAGGCCGGAGGGGGGGGCUGGCAGAAGCGGCGGCGGCGGCAGCGGCUGGUACGCUGGUGAGCACACCGAGCCUGGGGCGGCUGGUGCAUGAGAAGGAGGUGGAGAUGGCUCGCAACCUCAAGACUCUGGAUGAAGAUGAUGACAAUGAUAAUGAUGAUGAUGAUGAUGAUGAUAUGGAUGGGGAGGCUGCUGCUGCUGCUGCGCCGGCUGCUGCUGCUGCUGCUCCUGCCGCUGCUGUUCCUGCUGCUGGUGGUGCGGGUGUUUCUGCCGCUGGCAGUUCUGAUGCUUCUGUGCUGGCAGCAUCCAAUGAAGGUGACAGUGCAGGCGACGUUCCCUCAACAACAGCUGCUGGGAAGGAAGCACCUCCUGCUGCUGCUGCUGUUGCUGCUGCUACUGGUGACAAUGGUGCUGGUGCUGGUGCAGCAGCAACAGCAACAGCCCAAAGUGGAGGUGAUGGGGAUGAUGGUGUGGACGAUGAUGACGAUGGGGAGAGCGACAGCGACGGCGAGGAGGAAGCAGCUGAUGGCAGCCCUACGCUGGGGCGAACGUUCACAGUGAAGGCAUCGGGUGACCGCAUUCGGCAGCUGCUGCGCAGCCAGACCACGGACCGAGUGGCGGGGAAGAAAAGCCAGCAGGACGGCAACAGCCAUAACCCCGCACUCGUUAGAAGCAAGACUGCCGGGACUACCGUUCCCGUGCACCUGCAAGGCCAGGGGGUGAUUGGCAGGGUGGGCAGUGCUGCUGGUGGUGGUGGCUUGGGGGUUGGGCGCACGGGCAGCAUGGGUGGCAGCAGGCUGGGUGCAAGCUCGUUUGGAGUGCCGGAGGGUGGGGGACGGUUUGACGUGGCAGCAGCUGCUGCUGCGGCAGUUGCUGCUGUGCCUGGUGGAACGCAACCGGUGCUUCCCGGUUUUGGCCCUGCUGCUGGCCUCCCUGGGUCUACUACUCACAUGAUUGAGGCUGGCGGGGCUGUAGGGGCUGUGGGGGCCGUGGGGGCUGUGGGAACUGCAAGUGCAGUGGAUGGAAGGCAGGGUGGGGACGCAGCAGGAGCAGGUUUGAAUGGGGAGGAUUUGUCUGAGGAUGAGGGGAUGGCGUGGGAGCGCGAGGUGAGGGAGGGGAGGGGUGGCUCGGGUCGGCAUAUGGAUGAGGAGUUGCCGCUGGGAUGGGGCAUGAAGGACCGCCUGGGCGGGCCCAGGGGAAGCUACAAUGAGAGGGAAGAGGGGGUUGAUGGGGAGGAUGAGGAGGGGGAGGAAGAGGAUGAGGAUGGGGAGGAGGAUGAGGAGGAUGAGGAGGAUGAGAUGGAUAUUGAAGAGGAGAUUGCACUGGCUAGGGUUGCAGCAUCGGAGAGCUUGAACAGGAGGAAGGCUGCGCAAUUGCUAGAGGAGCUAGGGCCACGGGGAGGCGAUGGUGCUGCUGGCAUGGGGUGA